AUGCCGGCCGCCCACAUGGAGGGCACCGUCGGCGACGGCAAUGGUGUAUGCUUCCCCUACGACGUGCUACUCGACAUCCUCCGCCGCCUCCCCCGCCGCGCCGUCGCCAAGUCCCGCUGCGUCUGCCGUGUGUGGCGCGCCCUCCUCGACGCGCACAAGCCCCUCCCCCCGAUUGUGUUCUUCGACGUGACCAUCGGCGGCACCCCUGCAGGCCGCAUCGUGAUGGAGCUCUUCGCCAACGACGUGCCCAAGACGGCGGAGAACUUCCGCGCUCUAUGCACCGGCGAGAAGGGCAUCG